GUCGCCGCGGAGUGGUGCAAUGAGGGACUGAGGGGCGGACAAAAGACGGAGCUCCGCCGCGGGAGGCGCCACCAGGAAAACGACUUCCAUGGCGUUUGGAGACCGGCUCCCGACUCAGGAUCACUCCCGGGCCAAUAAUUUUGAACUCCAGCACAGACUGCUGAAGUGCAGAUAGCAGAGAGGAAUUAAAAGAAAAUCCAGCAACCAUUUUUGGGGGGAAGAGACGGGGGGGGCCAUCCCAGGAAUGACCGGUUUGGUGAGCCAUGAUUCCCGUCACGGAAUUGCGCUACUUCGCCGAUACCCAGCCGGCGUACCGCAUCCUGAAGCCCUGGUGGGACGUCUUUACGGACUACAUCUCCAUCGUGAUGUUAAUGAUCGCAGUCUUUGGUGGGACUCUCCAGGUCACCCAGGACAAAAUGAUUUGCUUGCCUUGCAAAUGGGUCACCAAAGACGUUUGCAACGACUCUUCCCGCGAAUGGACGGCUGCAAGCAUGGACUCCGGUUACUAUAAUGCUUCCCUGGGGACGAACCUGGACCCUGGGCCCACCGGGAUCAAGUACGAACUCGACCGCCACCAAUACAACUAUGUGGAUGCCGUGUGUUACGAAAACCGCCUUCACUGGUUUGCCAAAUAUUUCCCCUACCUCGUCCUGCUGCACACACUCAUCUUCCUGGCUUGUAGCAACUUCUGGUUCAAGUUCCCCAGGACUAGCUCCAAGCUGGAGCACUUCGUCUCCAUCCUCUUGAAGUGCUUCGACUCUCCGUGGACCACGCGGGCUCUGUCUGAGACGGUGGUGGAGGAGAGCGAUCCUAAGCCGGCUUUUGGGAAGAUGAACGGCUCCAUGGAGAAGAAGUCCUCCAACGUCAGCGAAGAUGUGGAGGCCACCGCCCCGAUGCUGCAGAGGACCAAGUCUCGGAUCGAGCAAGGCAUCGUGGACCGCACGGAGAAUGGCGUCCUGGACAAGAAGGAAGGGGAGCAGGCCAAAGCUCUCUUCGAGAAGGUCAAGAAGUUCCGGACCCAUGUGGAAGAAGGAGACAUUGUCUACCGCCUCUACAUGAGGCAGACCAUCAUCAAGGUCAUCAAGUUCAUCCUCAUCAUUUGCUACACGGUCUACUACGUCAACAACAUCACCUUUGACAUCGACUGCAAGGUGGACAUCGAGAGCCUGACUGGCUACCGCAUGUACCGCUGCGCUCACCCGCUGGCCACCCUCUUCAAGAUCUUGGCGUCCUUCUACAUCAGCCUGGUGGUCCUCUAUGGCCUGAUCUGCAUGUACACCCUCUGGUGGAUGCUCCGGAGAUCCCUCAAGAAGUACUCCUUCGAGUCCAUCCGGGAGGAGAGCAGCUACAGCGACAUUCCCGACGUCAAGAACGACUUCGCCUUCAUGCUCCACCUGAUCGACCAAUAUGACCCUCUCUACUCCAAGCGUUUCGCCGUCUUCCUCUCGGAGGUGAGUGAGAACAAGCUCCGGCAGUUGAACCUCAACAACGAGUGGACGCUGGAGAAGCUGCGCCAACGGAUCACCAAGAACUCCCAGGACAAGCUGGAGCUGCAUCUGUUCAUGCUGAGUGGCAUUCCCGACACGGUCUUCGACCUGGUGGAGCUGGAGGUCUUAAAGCUGGAGCUCAUUCCCGACGUCACCAUCCCGCCCAGCAUCGCCCAGCUCACCAGCCUCAAGGAACUCUGGCUGUACCACACGGCGGCCAAAAUCGAGGCCCCGGCUCUGGCCUUCUUGAGGGAGAACCUGAAAUCCUUGCACAUCAAGUUCACGGACAUCAAGGAGAUCCCCCUGUGGAUUUACAGCCUGAAGAACCUGGGAGAACUUCACCUGACGGGGAACCUGAGUGCCGAAAACAACCGCUACAUCGUGAUCGACGGCCUGCGGGAGCUGAAGAGGCUCAAAGUCUUGAGGUUGAAGAGCAACCUGACCAAGCUGCCCCAGGUGGUGACGGACGUGGGCGUCCACCUGCAGAAGCUGUCCAUCAACAACGAAGGCACCAAGCUCAUGGUGCUCAACAGCCUGAAGAAGAUGGUCAACUUGACGGAGCUGGAGCUCAUCCGCUGCGACCUGGAGCGCAUCCCUCACUCCACCUUCAGCCUCCACAACCUCCAGGAGAUCGACCUCAAAGACAACAACCUCAAGACCAUCGAGGAGAUCAUCAGCUUCCAGCACCUCCACCGCCUCACCUGCCUUAAGCUCUGGUACAACCAAAUUGCCUACAUCCCCGUGCAGAUCGGCAACCUGACCAACCUGGAGCGCCUUUACCUGAACCGCAACAAGAUCGAGAAGGUGCCCACCCAGCUCUUCUUCUGCCGGAAACUUCGCUAUCUGGAUCUCAGCCACAACCUCUUGACUUGCAUACCGGCGGAGAUCGGGGCAUUGCAGAACCUGCAGAACCUUGCAGUGACGGCCAACAGGAUCGAAGCUCUCCCCGCCGAGCUGUUCCAGUGCCGGAAACUACGGACGUUACACCUGGGCAACAACGUCCUGCAGUCGCUGCCGUCCCGGGUGGGCGAGCUGGCCAGCCUGUCUCAGAUCGAACUGCGAGGCAACCGCCUAGAGUGCCUGCCGGUGGAGCUGGGCGACUGCCCCUUGCUGAAGCGCAGCGGGCUGGUGGUGGAAGAGGACCUCUUCAACACCCUGCCCUUGGAGGUCAAGGAGCGGCUUUGGAGGGCGGACAAAGAACAAGCUUGACCCCCCCUCCCCGCCCCCCCCGUCGCCGGACGAAGGCCAUGCCGCUGACCUGGGGAGCUCGCAAGCUCGCCCGUUUUCCCCCUGUCUCCGACCCCCAGGAGUGGCGGUGGUGCAGGGGGACCCUAGGCUCACCCCACUUCCCCUGCCCCCCCCCCCCCCGUACUCUGGAAACCCUCACCCCGAGCGGGGCGUGGCUCCCGGACCGACAGCCCCAAAGGAUCGGGAGCGGCUGGGAAAACGUCCCCUGCCUUCAGGAAGGAGAGGAGAAAGCAGAACAGACUCCGCGGAAGGGAUAAUUGGCUCUCCGCGCAGGCCGGAAGUGGGAAGUGUUCCUCCCAGCUUGCUAGCAAGGAGACUCUGGGGGAUGGCGCGUUGGGAGGAACUGGGCGUCGGGGCAGAGAGACUGAUGCUGCUGCUGCUGCUGUUUCGUCUGGUUGGGACCCAUCCUUGAACGCCGCACCCCGUCCGGAGGGGAGAAGGGCGUCCAGCUCUCCAGCCACACCUUGAACCAAGUUCAGUUCUGGCUUCCCAGCAAGGACCCUCUCCAAGAAAUGGAUCGGGGAAGGUCCAGCCUUUAUUAUUUCUUUCCCCCAUCACCACCACCACGGUGGCAUUUUGUUUGUUUUUUUAAAAUUGUACUUCACUUUAGAGUCCUAUUUACAAAAGUCUGACUUAAGCCCCCUCCGUCCUGGAGUUUCCCCCCCCCCCCCACACACACACCAAAUCUGAGAUUUCCCCAAAUCUUGAUGGCUUUGGUUCUGACAGAAAUCUCUCCAGAGUGUGAGAUCGAAAGGAUUUCCACGUGGAAGGAGGCCAGUCUGUAUUUUUCCGUUAAAGAAAAAAAAUGUCUUUGCAAUUAUAAAAGCAUUCAAUGCCAGGUGGGCAGAGGGAGUUGUAAAUUUUUAAGCUGGCCUUUGACAUUCCUUAUAAGACUUAAGACACGGUUACAAGUUGAGAAAUGCCCGUCGGAGGGGACGAUCAAAACACUAAACCGGAACCCUUCAUGUCUUUCUUUUAUCUUUUAUCCUGCUUAUACCAGCAUCUUUCCCGGAGAUUUUAAGGCUCCGUCAACGUUCCCUGUUCCCUUUGCGAUUUUUCUUUUAAAAUAACAGCUGGUCUGUUUUUCGCUGUUUUCGUCUUGGAAGCCUUGGGGACAGGAAUUUUGCCUCCGUGAUCGGCUCGACGCAGCACCAAGUCUUAAAAAGUUGUGGCAACGGUUGGGGAGAAAGGGGGUUGGUUGUAAGGGGGGGUGAGGCGGAAUGCAUUUCUUUGCGAGGAAGCGAAGAAGGAGUCGAAUUUGCACUAUUGUCCAGCACGUCUGUCCUAGCAAAAAAUUAUUAUUUUUUUGACAAACUCCCUCUUCCUACAUGUGGCCUAAACUUUCUAGAUUUCUAACUGGAAAAUUCCACCUGCCAGGUGAACAAGGAAUUAAGUUCCCACGGUUGGAGUCAUAGUCUCACCCUAUCCAGAAGAACUGGGACUUACUGAAUGUGCAAUUCCUAUAUAUAUA